AUGGGUGACGCUGAAAAGCUCGCGGAAGUCCGCGAAAAGAAGGCGAAAAACUUGAUGAGGGAGCUGAAAAUCCAGAAGCUCUGCCUCAAUAUCUGCGUCGGAGAGUCCGGUGAUAGGCUUACUCGUGCUGCUAAGGUUCUGGAACAGUUAACUGGCCAGACCCCUGUAUUCUCAAAAGCUAGGUACACCGUUCGAUCAUUUGGUAUUAGAAGAAAUGAAAAGAUCGCAGUGCACUGCACUGUUCGUGGCCCUAAGGCUGAGGAGAUCCUCGAGAAAGGCUUAAAAGUCAAGGAGUUUGAGCUGUACAGAGAAAACUUUUCCGAUUCUGGAAAUUUUGGCUUUGGAAUCCAAGAGCACAUCGAUCUCGGUAUCAAGUACGACCCAGGAAUUGGAAUUUAUGGUAUGGAUUUCUACGUAGUUCUUGAUCGUGCCGGCCGCCGUGUUGCAAGAAGAAGACGUUGUCCCGGUCGUGUUGGACCAACUCACCGUGUAUAUCGCGAGGAGUCCGUCAAAUGGUUCCAACAGAAGUAUGAUGGCAUCAUCCUGCCACCAAAGCCCAAGGUCAAGCGAACUGUACAUCGCAGACGAUAG